UGGUGCAUCGCUGCUGUCACAACAACACUUCGCCAUUUCAGGUUUAGGGGGGCAGCAACUCCCGCGAAAGAAUUGGGUCAGCUGAGAGAAGGCAUCGGACUCUGGCUGUUUCUUCACUGAAAACCUCUGUCAUAUCUUCUCUAUUGUCAGACGGCUUGGUUAUUGUUUUCCGAUGCGUAUUAUUUGGUUGGUGCGAAUGAGCUUUUCCAGCGUGGGCCCGGGCUGAAGUGUCAUAUCAGUUGUCGGAUUUUCCUGCUAACAGCUAGUUAGCUAGCUGAGUGUAAACAACAAGGAUGAAGCGGAUGAAGGGAGGAGAGGAGGGAGGCAACAGCUCCUCCAGCAACAGCUCACCAGAGGUUUGCAAGAAGGUGCGGACGCAGAAUACUGAGGACUCGGGGGACUCUGGGGACUCUGAAGCAGGGGUGGCCAGUGGGUCCCUAGACAGUGACUGGGCACGACUGCCUCAGGAACUCCUGCUACACAUCUUCCAGUACCUUCCACUGCUGGAUCGGGCUUAUGCCUCUCAGGUGUGCCGUGGGUGGAACCAGGCUUUCCACAUGCCAGAGCUGUGGCGGUGCUUUGAGUUUGAGCUUAACCAGCCAGCCAGCUCUUACCUGAAAGCCACACAUCCAGACCUCAUCAAACAGAUCAUAAAGAGGCACUCCAACCACCUGCAGUAUGUCAGCUUCAAGGUGGACAGUAGUACAGAGUCUGCAGAGGCAGCAUGUGACAUUCUUUCACAGUUGGUGAAUUGCUCACUGAAGACCUUGGGGCUCAUCUCUACAGCCAGGCCCAGCUUCAUGGAGGUUCCAAAGUCUCAUUUCAUCUCAGCUCUGACUGUAGUGUUCGUCAACUCCAAAUCAUUGUCUUCACUGAAGAUUGAUGACACGCCAGUGGAUGAUCCGUCUCUGAAGGUGCUGGUGGCCAAUAACAGUGACACCCUGAAGCUGCUGAAGAUGAGCAGCUGCCCUCACGUCUCCCCAGCAGGGAUCCUGUGUGUGGCAGACCAGUGUCACGGGCUGAGAGAGCUAGCACUGAACUACCACCUCCUGAGUGAUGAACUCCUGCUGGCCCUCUCCUCUGAGAAACACGUCCACCUGGAACACCUGCGGAUUGAUGUGGUGAGCGAGAACCCUGGCCAGCACUUCCACACCAUCAAGAAGAGUAGCUGGGAUGCCAUGGUGCGACACUCGCCCAAGUUCAACCUGGUUAUGUACUUCUUCCUCUAUGAGGACGAGUUUGGCCCUUUCUUCAAUGACGAGAUCCCCGUCACACACCUCUACUUUGGUCGCUCUGUCAGUAAGGAGGUGUUGGGCCGCGUUGGCCUCCACUGCCCUCGUCUGGUGGAGCUGGUGGUCUGUGCCAACGGCCUGCGUCCUCUGGACGAGGAGCUGAUUCGCAUCGCAAAGCACUGCAACCAGCUGUCAGCAAUCGGCCUGGGCGAGUGCGAGGUUUCCUGUAGCGCAUUUGUGGAGUUUGUCAAGAUGUGUGGCCGGAGGCUCUCCCAGCUCUCCAUCAUGGAGGAGGUUCUGAUCCCAGAUCACAAAUACAGCCUGGAUGAGAUCCACUGGGAGGUUUCAAAGCACUUGGGGCGAGUCUGGUUCCCAGACAUGAUGCCGACCUGGUAAAGUGAAGCCAAAGGGGCACACGGAGUUCAGUCCGUCAUGUUUUAGGCGUGGAACUUUCAUGGCCACCAUGUUUGCUUUGAAAAGCCUUUAAAUGCUCAGCUGUAGUGGACUGUGUGGUGCCAACAUGGGGGGGCAUAAACUUGCUGAACUCCUGUGUGCAUUGCAGAGCAGGGAUGUAAUGUGGCACCUGACACACCUGCUACACAAUGUUAACAUGUCAUGCAAACACCACAGAAAUCUCUGCCUGUUUUCUUCAAACUGGACUGUGGAUUCCCGCUUUGCCUAUUCCUGAGAUUGAACUCGCCAAGACCAGCUUCUUCAUAUAUUUAACAGUCGGCUCACAGACGAGCGCAGGUGGAAAUAUUUGACUGAAAAGCAAUGUUUUUAUAACUGCUGAUAGAGUUAUACAGACAUUGAAGCCUGGAAAUGAUGAUCUAUAUUAUGAUGAGAGGUGUGUGCGCGAUUGUGUGUAUGUUUGUGUGUAUACAAGUAUGCAGAUGUGAGUGUGUUUAAAUACUUUUUAACAUUGUGGAGUAAUUUGGGAUGAUUAGAUGCACAGUUGCAUGUUGUUACACUACCACUUGGCCUACUUAAAUCUAGUUUGAGAUAGCAGCUCUGCACUCUGUAACAAAAUACAACAUUGGAAGUUUCCAAACCGCUGCAAUGUUAUUUGUAUAUAGUAUGUGACAGAAGAUGUUUUGUCAGGUAUAGUCAAAGGGAGGGAAGAUUCACUUCAAUUUUGCAGGAGAGUGGCUGGGUCCUCCACCUAAUUUUAAACUAAUUUAAACACAAAGAGCAGCAGUAGAGUUGACGUCAUGUAGCUUUUCCUCCUCACCAGAGCUCAAUCAAGCAUCAAAAACAUAAAACCGUGAUUGUGGGAAAUGUUCGAAGUUCGCCAGGAGAGAACCAGAAAUGUGUAUAUAGGUCUCUAUCUUUGUGUUGUGAACUUGUACAGUGUUGAUUAACGUCAUAGAUUUUUAUUUUCUCCAAGUCAUGCAGAUAUUUUUUUUUUCCUGCAUCAUGCAUCAAUUAACGUGACAAUGUAAUAUCUCAGUCUUUUUGUAUAAAUAAAGGUUUGUGUACAGUCACAGAUAUCCUUAGCACCUUAGAUGAAAACCAAAUGACAGUCAGGAUGAACUUUGUUCUUCUGCCCUCAUGAAAGCAAGAAAACAAUCUUUAUAAUACUCCUCUGCUCUGUUGAAUCAGAUACUGAGGACAGUAUAUUGAAGUAAUAAAGCUAUAAUUACUGAUUAAAAAAAGAGAAAUAGCUAUGUGUGUAUAUAAAUGUCUGAAUUUGGAGGAAGAUAUUGCAAAGUAUCCAACCUUCGUGGUCAGAAUGCUUAAUAAUACAUCUAUAGGCCAGUCUCUGUGGCUGUUGGCUUACAAUGCACGUCAGGAGUACAAACCUUUGUGUCCCUCAGGUGCAGUAAAUUAUAUUUUCUAAAUAGGUUUCAUUUGUAUCUUCUGCUUUUUGCCUGUUCAAGCUCUAAACCCAGUCAUGAAUAUCUGCCCUCCUAAUCGCCCCCGUUUGCUCUGUAUUGUGUCACCACAUUGUACAUGAACAGGAAAGGAAGCAAUAUUCAUCUUGUCAUUACAAACACAUCUUUGCAGAAACCGCUCGCCCUCCUCUUCAUCACAUCCAUUCAUGUCAGCCGAGAGAGAUUUGGCAAGUCAGACGAGUGAAACAAACGUUUUUCCUUUAAGAAGGAAGUCAAAUGCAUCUGUAUAUAAAACGCUGUGUGUUUGAUUAUUAUGAAUAGAAAUGUACUUAUUUCUUUAUUUCGCCCUCUGUCAGGGUUUGAAGUUUCCUUAACGGACAGCUUGUGUCUUUUAUACAACCAGAGUGCGAGCAAUCCUUUACUAGAUGGAUCUUUUUCAUACUGUAGUGACUAAAGAAGAUGAGCUGUGUAAUUUAUUGAUAUGGACACCGCUUUUGUAAUGAAUUUGUGUUUUUCAGUUAUGCAAAAGAAGCAAUCACUAUAACCAGCAAGCAGACCAGCAGCAAGAUAAGGGUCUUCGGUUUUGAUGCUUUCACCUCAGUCACUAUGGGUUUGUUGCGUGCAGGAGGUCCAAAAGUUUCCAGUCCACUGCUCCAAUCAUUGAUCAAUGCACAGGAUGGAUUUUACUAAGUAUUUUUAACCAAAAACAAAGAACAUAAUGAAGUUGUAUUGCAGGGAAAAAAAAAUCUAAUGUGAAAGUUAACUUCAGAAGACGCAUGUCUGGGAUCAACUUUAAAAAGCCAAAUAAUAAAUAAUUCGGCUAAAUAAUUCGUUUUUUAUUUAAUUAAUCUUUAAAUUCAUUUUUAAGAAAAACCUUUUGACUGAAGUCAUUAAAAGCUUUAUAACUGUUUAAGACAUAAAUCGACAAAAUACCUCUUUUCACAAGUUAUCGUUGGUGGAAAAACUUUUGGACAACCUUGCACGCCAACAGGAUCUGUAGAUAACUCGAACCUGAAUCCUUUUAUUCAUGUUGUAUUGAGACAUUUCAUGUAGACUUAAACUGUCACACUGCAGGAAGUGCAAACACUUCUGAUUGGACUGAACUAACAUUGUCUAUUGAUGGUCUUGGUCUUGGUCUCUUAUCACUGAAGUAGAGUCCUGUGCUAAUAGUCUGUGCUCAUGUACAUUAGCAUCUCAGUGGUACAGUAACAUAUCUCCUGAUUAUUUUUCAUGAUUUUUGCAGUGCAUUAAACGGUUGCCGUGGCCGCAGCUCUAAAGUGAAGGUUGUGUCUCAAUACUGGUUUUAAUCAUUUUCCUGUUGUCUUUAUUGGAAGAUUCAGCUGGAUGAUUUCAAGGUGUUUUCACUGAAAUGCAGCUGUCUUAACCUUAUUUGUCCAGAGAGUCCUCCAGUAAGUUUUAUUAGGAGUUAACUGGUGGUGACAGUACUGUCCUUUAGUUUUGCUUCUGUAUGGCAAAUGCUUUGUCUACUUUGCUUUACUGGUCACCUGUCUUGAAAUUAAGAUUAUUGUUUUAGACUUGUGAUCUUAUACCGGUAAUAAAAAUUUGUGAAUGUA